CGUUGUAUUCGAAUACGAUGCUUGCAGUCAACAGUAAAUCUUGGCUUGGAGCCAGCAGGUCUGCUGAAGACUGCAGAGACCAGACUUGGAAAUAAAACGGUGCGAGGUCAGCCUUGGGCGCAUUGAUAAGGGGAACUGAUCGGGUCUGGAAUUCGCUGCCAGGGGAGUUGGACGGCUGGAGAAACAAAGGACUGCAGAUGCUGGAAUCUGGAUGAAAAACACGACGAUGCUGGAGGAACUCAGCAGGCCAGGCAGCGUCCGUGGAGAAAAGCAGGCGGUCGACGUUUCGGGGGAAGUAAUGCAAAGUGGUGGAGGCAGUGAAAGAGUAACUGUGUUCAGUUCUGGGCACCACCAUCAGGAAGGACCAAGUGCUCUCAGACGGAGUGCAGAGCAGAUUAACAUGCUACCAUGCCUGAAGAGAGAAGUUUACGAGGGCAGGUCUGGAUGGUGCAGGCAAUGCUGACGCCUUCUGUCCAUCCCAUUCCCACUGGAGAACCUUGGGCCGCUGAUGUCAGGAAGAAUUCGACAGGAAGAGCUGACUGAUUCUCCCAAUCUGUAACCUUUGGACGAAAAACACGACGAUGCUGGAGGAACUCAGCAGGCCCGGCAGCAUCCGUGGAGAAAAGCAGGCGGUCGACGUCUCGGACCCCGACAGCGGGAAACCGACAGAAUAUCUGGGAUCGGACAAUGAUCAGGAGAUUGUGUUUCUGCGUGUCACUUCUCCAAGCUGUAGUGUCGGAAGAGUGGAGAGCUAACACUCCACAAGAUGUGACAGCGCAGAGGGGUUUGUGUGCCCAGAUUUCGUGCCUCUACAGUUAUCCAUCACGUCUGGCAAAUGAACCGCGGAAAGCCCUCUGGAUCAAAGGUGAAAAGUGGGGCCAUCCGGAUAUAGUCUUUCACUCCAGGGAUCACUAUCGAGAGAUCCCGAGAUUUCGCCAUCGGACCUGGCUGUCUGGAGACCUGAAAGACGGCGAUUGUUCCCUGAUAAUAAACGACGUCACAAGGGAAGAUGACGGUCAUUAUCAUUUCAGAAUUGAAUUCAACAAAUAUAAUUACAGUUACUUCCCUGCAACACAGCUCCACGUUUCUGCAACAGGGCGAAGGUUGCAGGAAAGUCUGGUCAUUCUGUUGGCUGCUGCAGGGGUUGUCUUCCUGAUCAUCUCAUCAGCUGUGAUCUGCCUCAUUCUCAAGGCCCGACAGAGAACGGACAGGCCACCAGGGGAUGCGUCAAGACCUGCGUCAGAACACAACUCAGGAAUCAUGCCUAUGAGAGAGAGACACAAGCCGGAUGGACAUUAUGAAACACAUCAGGCACGGUCUGAAAUGGCCCAGGAGAAAGCACAGAAGAAUCCGGAAACCACACUGAACCAUCAGAUGAAUCAACAUCAAGGUGAUGAUAUUUACGAAAACUGCAAGUUUGAUGCGAGUUCCAUAUAUGCAAAUUUAUAAUUGGAUCAAGAAUCAAAAAUGCAUUCUCUGGAAAUGGCACAGAAGAGUACAUUUGAAAUUCCACCUUACCUUCCAACGAAUUCACCCGGCCAGAAACAGUUUCAAUCUCCUUGCAAAAAAUGCCACCACUGCAGAGAGCUCACAUCAUCAAGCAAGAUCUGCUCAGGAUCUUCUUUGCUUAGUUUAACACCGUGUCCUGCUUCAGGACAGUCCCUCACUGUUGGGGGAAUCCUCUUCUCCAAUGAUUAAUGUCUGUAGAUGUCAUUGGAUUGUCCAGCAUGACAGACUGUCCAUGUUCUGUCUGAUGUGUCAGGGGUUUGAGUUAAUUUUUACUUUGUGUCUCACGUUGCAGUCUGUGAAUGUUUAGAUAUUGUCCUGAUAUUGAGAGGUGGAUUGGAGGGCAACGGGAUCGGGGAGAUGGGGAUAAUUUGGUGAAAAUCUUCUGUUUUUUUUUCUGUGCAGUUUAGUUUUAUGGUUGGAUUGUGCUAGACCCAGCCAGUGGCAUUCACCUCUCAUGGGAUGGGCAG